CACGGGCGCGCGAGCGGACAAAGAAGAAGAACCAGGCAAGCAAGCAAGCGAGCGUUCGUUUCCUUCUCUGCGAAGACAGAAAAUCGCCAGCACCAACCCCCGCGGUCAGGCUUGAAAGGCAGUUCCUGCGAUCUCACCGCUGGUCGAUACCAAGAGGCCGGCGAACCUGUGGUGCUCAGCUGCGCAUGCAAACAGCGCGGACCGGAGUUAACCAGCGCCACCACUGCGUCAUUUCCUGGGGGCGCCGCGUACUCGCGCAGAGGUGCUCUGAGCAGGUGACAUGGUUCACAACGUGGCCACGUUUCUGUGGCGCACGCUGUGCGUGCAGGCCAUACGGCGGCACUACGUGUCCACUUCGCUCGACCUACUGAUCGUGGCCGUGGGUUUUUACAUCGCGUUCUCCUCGCGACAAGCACCGAAGCCGCUCGGCAGGAAUCCCAACGCAACGGAGCUGGACUCUGCUCGUGUCGCAGCGUCCCACUCACAUCGUGUUCGGUCCCAACACGAGUUACAACAGCAGGCUGAUGGAGGCCGUGGUCGCCAAGUACUUGACGGACGACGUGGGGGAACCCGUGGAAGUGCUGGCGCGCAACGCAAGCACCGCCAGCGAAAUCGCGAGAGAGUGCGCCUACGCUCCUGUCCGAGGCAGGCGUGCAUUGCGUCGCAUGUGCGUGAAGUUCGAAACGGCUGCAGAAAGCAAGGCCCGCGCCGACGGGAGCCUCAAGUACACAAUGCUCAGGAUAGAAGACUUCGAAGACUUGUCCGCUUUUCCACCGGGUUACAUGUAUGCCAUCGAACGAGCGCAUUUGGAGCUGCAGCGACCCCGUACCGAAGAGAGUGAUGAAAGUAACGGUACAGACAUAAAGCUGGUUUUUGAAGAGCUGCCCGGCUGGGUUUACGGUGACGUGAACGUCUCAUACCGGCCAGAAUUCACCAUUACGCUGUACGCGGUGUUCAUGAUCCCGGCGAUACGGUCACUGAACGCCAUCGAAUACGAGCUUUCCUCGGGCCUCGCCGAAAAGCAGGCUCUGAUGGGGCUGACGGCGGCCCAGUUUGCUCUCGGCCACUUCUUCACGAGCGUGGCGUUCUUUCUCAUCGAGAGUGCCAUCGUGGUAACACUCAUGUACACCGUCGAGACCCAGUGGAACGACGUGCCCUACGCCUACGGUAUAAACCCGGUCAUGGUGUUGCUCUCCUUCUUUCUGUACGACGUCGGCCAAGCGCUGACACCCGUUUUAGUCACCUCCGUGCUCCCAAAAGGAUGGGUGAGAACACUCCUCUUCCUGGCCAUCCUGGUAGUAGCUCCGAGCCUGUUCCUCGGCGCGCUUUAUCCCGUGACGGUGCCCGACUACUUGACCGCAAGCAGGAGAAACCAACUUUUUGGAGGCAUUUUCCCCCACUCCGCGCUCGUCUCCGUCAUGAUGAUCAUGUUCCUCGCCCAAGACUACAAGGAUGGUGCAGGCUGGUCUCUGGUCACUAGGCGUAUUAUGGGUAACAAGGUUACCAUACUGGAGAUCUGGGUGCUCAUGCUUGGUUCCAACGUGGUCAUGGCGUUCCUGACGUGGUACCUCCCCCAGAUCCUGCCGUGGUGCACGGACAACCCGCGCAGCCCAAUAUUCUUUCUCACGAUGCAAUACUGGAGAGGCGCAGGAGAAACAGAGGCCGAUGCAACGCCCCUCCAGAGAGACCCAACCCGCUUCGAAGAGCUGCCGCCAGACGUGCGUCCGAUAGUCCUGACUAGAGACCUCACAAAGCUUAUUGGAACAGCUUUAGUCUUGGACGGCGUCGACCUGAAAGUGUUCGAGCACAAGGUGACCGUUCUGCUGGGUCAAAACGGCACCGGCAAGUCAACCCUUAUGAGGAUCUUGACAGGCGCACUCGGGGGGCCGACGAGUGGCGGGGUGAUGGUGUGCGGCCACAGCGUGUACACCAGCCGAGAGUUGGUGCGCAGAGAUGUCACACUGUGCGAGCAGUCUGACGUCUUUUUCGAGGACCUGACAUGCGGGGAGAAUGCCAUUUACUUCGCUACCCUUAAGGAUACCGACGGCGGUGACGUGAAGCAAGCCACGGUGAACAUGCUGGAGAAACUGGGCUUGAAAGACGUAGGACCCAAGAUGCCCGGAGAGCUUGCUAGCGAAACGGCUCGAAUGCUAAGUCUAGCCAUCGCCAUCGCUUCGAAGCCCAAGCUUCUGAUGCUUGACGAACCCUGCUCGGACCUGACCCCUAAUACUCGCCGGAAAAUCUGGGACCUGCUGCAGCAGAUUGGGAGAGAGAGAACAGUUCUGUUGACCUCGCACGACAUGGACGAGGCCGACGUCAUUGCUGACCAGAUCAUCAUGCUGGCCGCAGGAAAGGUCAUUUGCAGCGGUUCGACUACAUUCCUCAAGAAAGCUUGCGGUGUUGGGUACAGGGUGACCCUCGUUAAAGAUCCCCAGCUGUUCAACCUGAAGUACGCGCUCGCCACUAUUCAAAGCGUCGUCCCCAGCGCUGACGUAUACGAGGACAAGCAAAGCGCCGUCACUAUCAGACUACGCACGCUCGACCAUCGUGGACUCCCGGGUCUGUUCGAGAUGCUGGAAAGUUCGUCGAAGCAGCUUGGCGUCGUCGACAUUGGUGUCACUGUCGCCACCAUGAAGGACGUCUACACCAAGAUAAACAUGAACUGGACACCGGAAGAGAAACGACCGGAAGCCCAAGAAGGGGACGAAGUCGUCGGCGUCUUGUGUAGGUCGGCGUCCAAACCGGAGCGAACGGUGGCACGCUGCUUCUACGCGUUGUUCAUCAAGCGCCUCACGUACGUGACUCGGAGCUGGGGCAUCUUCAUCGUGUCGUUCCUGGUGCCGAUGGUGCUUCCGCGGCUGCUGUUGCAGGACGGACUGUGGUCAAAGAAAUCGCAAGAUGAGGCGCACCUGUUCCACCUGGCUGAAACGAUGGAGAUUCGUCUGGCGCACUACUUUCCCGGCUACACCGUCGUACUGCAGGAGUCGAAAUCCAUGGCCAAUUUGAGCCGGGCGCUGCAGGUUCUCGUAGAGGCCGAAGGUUGCAACGUCCGGCUGGUACCGGAUGUCAACGACAUGGUGGUGGGCGACUUCGCGGCUUACGUGCGAACGUACCCGAUGGUUAUUGUCCCAGAACCAGACAGAGUCCGUCUCAUGGUCGACACGAGGAACUGGGCCCCCUUGCCGGUGCUUCUGAACCUCGCAGACACGGCGAUGCUGCGCUUGCUGACGCGUCAGCCGACGGCCCGCAUCGCGGCCCACAUUUCCCAUCUGCAGCGCGUCGUCACUGAGCUGCCUCAGCUUAUGUGGGUGCCGCUGCACGCCUUCGCGUACGCCCUGGCCUUCUCGGCGUUCGCCGCGUUUCCGGCCGCCGAGAGGCUGGGGGGCGCUCGCGACGUUCAGCUCAUGACCGGCUUGACGGGCAGCGUUUACGUGCUGUCGCACUUUGCUUUCGACUUCCUUCUCUACGUUGCCUUCGUCGGUCCGUGGUGCCUGAUCAACUGCGGCAUCGACGGAAUCCUCGAAGGCACUUGCACACUCAUCUUCGCCACGUUCGUGCUGUCUGCUCCCGCGAUUAUAGGUAUGGUGUACCUGAUCUCGGAGCGGGCGCUGACGGAAUACGGAGCCAUGUACAGCGCGGUUGUUUGGAUUUAUUUGCCUGGUUUCAUACCGCUCUUCAUCGACGCGAUUGACGAUCGUUGGUGGAAAUACAUGGCAGCCCUUUACCCACCCUGGGCGCUGGUGUCUUGCAUCAUCAAGAUCUCGAACCAAGCCGCCGCUGAAAAGCUGUGCGACCGACCGUGGCAGCGGCCGACACGGGCGCGUCGCCCGGAUUCCGCGACCGCCGCCCGACUGUCCUUUGCUGGGCGCUCCAUCUUCCCGAGUGGGAGAGGAGCCCUAGCAGUAGGGGAGGAGGAGCACAACCCCACCACGACGCGGUUUCAGCUGUGCCAUCGUGCGGCGGCGUCGACCAACUUACUAGACGACGUCCUGGCGGACCUGCUGUUCUUGGCUGCUCAAGGCCUGAUCUGUCUCGGUCUGAUGAGCUUCAUAACGUCGGGUUGCUUCAGCUGGCGCGAGGCGAUCUGUGGAAAGAGAAUAAUUGGAUGCCCUCCAGCAGCGCCACCUGCCGCGGGAGACGUCAAGAGCACGACGGCAAAGCCAUCUGACCCUGAGGUCGAAGAAGAGAAGAAGCUGGCGACCGCACUGUGCCACAAGAAGGACUUCAAAGAUCACGCGCUCGUCGCGCACAACCUGAGCAAGACAUACGGCGACUGCUGCGCCCUCACGGACUUCAACCUGGCGCUGAGGCAUUCGGAGUGCUUCGGCCUGCUGGGUGUCAGCGGUUCCGGGAAGACCACGGCGCUAGACCUGCUCGCAGCGCUGAGCGACGUCACGCAGGGCGAGGCCUACACGCCCACAGCGUCUCUACUGGAGAAUACACGGAAGUGGCAAUCACAGAUCGGCUACUGCUUCCAAAAGGGGUGUCUCCUGGACAAGCUCAACGCCUACGAGUUUCUGUACCUAAUCGCCCGGCUCCGCGGGGUGAGCCCUCAGGAUGUGGAGGCCACGGUGAACAGCGUCAUCUCCAUCGUCGACCUAAAGGAGCACGCCGGCAAGCCCUGCGGAUUGUACAGUGGCGGCACUCGACGCAAGCUGUGCGUGGGCGUGGCGCUCCUGGGCUUGCCCCCGCUCCUCUUUUUGGACGAGCCGUACACGGGAGUGGACCCCAUGUCGAGAGACAGGAUCGGCCGCGCCCUGUCGCGAAUCAAGAGGACUACGCGCACCGCCAUCAUGUUCGCCUCGCACAGCAUCGAAGAGUGCGAGUUCUCGUGCGAUCGCUUCGCCAUCAUGGCCCGCGGCGGGCUCACGUCUAUGGGCACGCUGCAGCAGCUGCGAGACAAGCACGACCGCGGCUACCGACUCGAGUUCACGCUCAGCCACGAUGCCGACCCGGACGCCGCCAAGCGCUUGAUGGAGGCAGUGGAUCGACAGUUUGUCGGCGUCAAGCUCACCGAGUUCCACCAGAACGUGCUCAGCUAUCACCUGGUGGAGCGCAUGCCGUGGAGUGAGCUCUUCCGCAAGGUGGUGCUGCUGCAGAAGGAUUUUCCUCUCGAGCACGCCAUUGCGGGGCAGAACACGCUGGAGCAAGUUUUCCUCUCGCUAGCCAAGGCACAGAAGGGGCGACAGAGGACCAAAUGAGCACUUCUCCAAGCCGCCGUCCGUUUUCGCUAUUGAUUACUAUGUUGCUACUACAGCAAUAAAUCUUCUGGCCGUUUUUA